CUGAGGCUAUGCAGUUUUAAGAGUGCUUUAAUCUGCAUCCACUACUGCAGCUGGUGCUAAAGUAGCAACAAUAUCAAGCAACUUUGCCUUCUGCUGAGAGCUGCUGCUGUCAAGAGCGUUUUAAGCAACGAAGCAAGUCAGUAAGGACCACUUUUGACUUGUUAAGUCAAUUUAGAGGGAGCUUUCAGGACAGAGUGAACCCGGUGUGGAGGGAAGUUUAAAAAUUCAGCAGCCCAGACGUCCACGGAGAUGGCUAACACUGUGACGUCUGCCUGUUGUGUGGUGGUGGCCCUCCUGAUGGUGUGCGUGCAGGGCAGCAACGAACUGGGUGGAGCCAUUCAGUGCAGAAGUAUGGGUAGCAAUGUGACCCUGGAGUGCGAUGGAGGGAGCAUUGACUCCAAAGUGAGGUGGCAAUUUAAUGGGCGCAACGUAGCACACAGCGAGCGGGUCAUUGUGCAAGGCACCAACCUCAUCCUGAGGAACGUGGAUUCAUCUCACACUGGGACCUACAGCUGCUACGAGGAUUCGACAGGAGACCUGAAGAAUGAAGUAACAAUCCAAGUCGGAAAUGCUCCAAUGGAACCAAACGUGAUGUGCAGAUCAAGUGCGUACCCCAUCAGUUUCUACUGCACUUGGCACCUACCGAACCCAACCUUCAUCCCGACGGAGUUUAAUGUCUCUGUGAGGCAUGGAGAAAAGGAAAUUGAGUUUAUUAGAGACGACAAGCACAAGAACAGAUGCAACGUGAAGUUCGUUGAAUUAUUUUCCGCGAGUAAGUACACAGUGACAGUCGUUGCAAGGAACUCGUUGGGAUCCAAUUCCACCUCCAUCUCGUUCAAAGAGGAAACCAUAGUGAAACCAGAUCCUCCCGAGAUAAUUAACGUCAAUCCGGUUCCCGAGUCCCCCCAAAGGAUGGUGGUGGUGUGGCAGAACCCCCCAUCGUGGCCUGAACCAGAUGCCAUUCCGCUUAAAUAUUUCCUGAGGUACAAGCCCAUCAUUCUGGAUGACUGGCAACACGUUGAAGUGACGGACGUAACAUUUCACACCAUCACCGAUGCCUACGCAGGGAAGGAACACAUCAUACAAGUGGCUGCCAAGGACAAUGAAGCCGGCACCUGGAGUGAAUGGAGCAAGGCUGUACGUGCCACACCGUGGACACAAAUGCCGGUGGAUCCAGAAACAGAAACCAAAGAAACAACAAGCAGUAUUACAUCAGCGGCUGUCACCAAAGCGAGCGAAAAUGAAAAGAUUGAACGAAGCACGAACAAUUCUCCCCGACUGAUAUCGUCCAUGAUGGCAUUGCUUCUGGGCGUGAUCGUCAACAUAUUGAUCUGAGAGAAAACAAAUUGUGAGGAAUCCACGCUUUGUAUUUUGCACGUGUGGAAUGUGGAUGCAAGGAAUCUGCCCUGCAAAAUGCUGAAGGGUGAAAAUCCACAGGAACCUGGAGCUCUGAUCCCUGUGAAAUUUAAUGGACACACACCCAUGCACGCACACACACUUACACACACAAACUCGCACUCAAAUAAAGUGAAUUGAAGGAAAACAAAGCAAACCAAGGAUCUCUGCAGCAUCAUGCCAUCACGUAGAUGUAUUCUUUCCGAUGGGCUAAAUGGUUACCGUUUAAUCUCAUGUCGGACGUUUCCGCAAGGGGAUAAAAAAAAUAUAUAUAUCCAUCAUAAAGAGAAUCGAAUGUGAAACGCCAACAACAUACAGCUAAAUUGUCAUGCCAAAGACUCUGUGAUUUACCUGAACUGAUAACUACCAAUGCUCUGCUUCCUCCAACCAACUCCUUCCCCUCCCCAUCCCUCACACACACACGCCCCCACUCCCCUCACCCCCACCAAACAAAAAUAAUAACAAAACACCCUGCAUCCGCGUAAGUGAGAUUGGGCGCUAAUUGAACGGCAGGUUCACUGUUGGCAUCAGUACUGUGAAAUUUUUCUGAGUGCGCAGAUUUUUUGACCUGCAAUUUUAUCACUAGUGUUUUAAAGAAUGUUUUUGUACUUUAACGGCCGGUUGUCAGAUGAUGGACAGUCACAACCUGCGACAAACACUGUGCUCUCUCUACCCGCCUGAGAAUGGACUGCAUUGACUUUUUUUUACUGGGAGAUGACGUAUUUGUAUGCUAUGUGGGAAGCUUUGAAACUUUGAGGAGUUUCAUUGUUCAAGCCUUCCAUUUAAGCGUUGCUUGGUUUGACCAUCUUCUUUUUCAAAGCAGAUGAAAGGAAUGUAAAGGUACUACAGUUUUAAUCCUCCACGUGCGUUCGUUCCAGCCUACAUUACCCUUUGACAGCACGGAAGUUUCCGACUAACUGCAACUUGGCUGUACAGGGAGCGAGCGAGAGGAGUCAUGUAUUUGUCUAAUCACUUAAUAAUAAUCACCAAUAGAUUUAGUUUUUUGCAGAAGGCUCAGUUCGUCCACACACGCCUCUUUCUGUAAAAUAAUUUAACGCUUUAUCGUACGUAAUUGCUCGAAGUCACUUAUUUAACGGUACAAGUGGUUAAGUGUUAGCGUUAGAUGUUGUAAGAAGUUAGAUAAAAAAUGAUCCUUUUUGUGUAAAAAAACUGCUUAAGAACUCACUUGUUAGAAAAUGGUCAUCUGAUGGCAUCAUGUUAAAUGUAUAAGUAUUUGUUUGAUUUUCAGGGUUCUUUACGUAUAAAUGUAAUUGUCUCAAAACUUGUUUGAAUUCACACCUUAAUCCGAAUCCACACUUUAAUCAAUAUCAGUACACAGAAUCCGCUAAGCAAAUUAUCUGUCUGAUCCAAAUCAAGUUACUCAAUACUUUACCCUAAAGCUUUAUGUGGUAUGAUUUUACAGUGCCUCUACUUAUCCCAACCCAGUUUUGUAUAAUGUGGUUCCCAAAGGGAAAUUUGUGCAGUGCCCUUUUCCAAAUGAAACACACGUACAGUGUGUUCCUAGAGUCACAGAGAUCGCAGUGUGGAAGGAGACCAUUCAUCCCAAGGAACUGAGCCCAAACUGGUGCUCGUUCACCCACUGGAGCUAAUUCCAAAUUCAUUGCUCUUUCCCUGAAGCCUUUUACAAUGUUCCCGCUUCAAAUCUUUAUUCAGUUCCCCUUUUAUGCUGUUGGGAUCACAUCUUAAGUAGCCAUUGGGGGUAUUCAAAAAAUCCGCACCGCAGGGAUUUCCACAACAACGGAAGAUUGACAUCGGAACCAACGUUGCCAAAUUUUUUNAAGACUUGGCCAGAAUAUAGCAGAUGUAGCCACAUCCAAUAGUUAGGUCUUUGCCUCCCAGGCAAGGAUAGACUGCUUUAACUCCAGUGCUAGAUUGAAAACCCCAUGUUGAAAAGUUCCCCAAACUUGUUUCUGGCUAUCUGCAAAAAAGGGCAUCCAAACCAACGAUUUCUUCACAAACUUAUGGUGUCAGAAGGGAAAUCUAUCUGCAGUUUCUAAAUAUCCUCUUUUCUAUAAGUUGAUGAGGUUUGGAAGGAACUGUUGCCUUGGAUAUCUCUGCGUGUACCUUCUCAUAGCGUUGCUUCCCAUUGUACCCAAGAAGGAUUUAAUCAGAUCAAAAAUUAUUCUAUUUAUUUCUGGUUCCAGUUUGGUUUAUCCGGUUGGAUCCUCAACUCUUCUUUCUCCCUCAUACCAGUUCUCUGACCAAGACUACUUUCCUUCACCUCAGCCAUGUCACUCCCUACCUCAUUCCACAUGCCACUGAGCCCCUUUUAUUAUGUCUUCAUUUUUACCUCCCGCCUGAACCUUUCUGAAGCACUCUUCGCUGAUCUCCCUUGCUGUACCAUUUAUAGAUAUCAGCUCAUCCAAAACUCUGCUGCCCGUAUCCCCAUCCUUAUCCUCACAUCCACGGCCCUAGUCCUUGCCAGGUUCCAUUGGCUUCGAUCUCUCAGUGAAUCCCAGAUCUCAGCCUCACCUGCAAAUCCUUUCACGUUCUUCACAUCACCCCAUCUCUCUAUCUCCUCCGACCCCUUUUGCUCAGCUACCUCGGGCUUGCUCACUCUCUCCAUGUCACCAUCGCCCCAAUUCUACAGCCCUGAGCUCCGGAACUCCCUACCUUGGUUCCUCCGUCUUGUUCGCUCUCUACCUGUCCCAGUCUUGCCUUAAAACUUACCUUUUCAAGUCACCUCUCCUUUCCCCCUCACCCCAUCCUCCCCCACAUGCCCACCCACUGCGAAGCGCUUCAAGGCAUUAUUCAACAAGAGGGCGCCAUGUCAAUGCAAGCUGUCGCUAUUAUAACAUAGGCUUUCGCCUACAAAAUACACUUCACUUCACAGUGAAUCCUGUGGA